GUUGAAGAAAGAAGAAGAACAAGAUUAAAGUUCUUCUUUUUUAGUUUUGGAUUUCUAUUUGUUGUUUGUUCUAUCCUCUGUAAAUAAAUCCUAAAGUUUUUCUUAUACACUCCAAGUUGCUUCGAUUGUGUUUGGCACGAUGAAGUCGACAACUCGGCUUGAUUCUUUGGUGUUUCAACUCACUCCUACUCGAACCAGGUGCGAUUUGGUUAUCAUUGCCAAUGGGAAGAUGGAGAAAAUUUUCUCAGGCUUGCUGAACCCAUUUCUUGCCCACUUGAAAACAGCCCAAGAACAGAUGGCUAAGGGAGGUUAUUCAAUUAUGCUUGAACCAAGUCCUGGAAGUGAUGCAACAUGGUUCAUAAAACACACUGUAGAGAGGUUUGUCCGGUUUGUGAGCACUCCAGAGGUCUUGGAAAGGGUGAAUACUAUAGAAUUAGAGAUCUUACAAAUUGAGGAGGCUAUAGCAAUUCAGAAUAAUGAGAAUUUAGGUUUGAACAUUGUAGAAGACCAUCAAAUCAGAUCUGUUGAAAGCAUCGAAGGUAGCAAGGCUGUAUCCGAUGCUGAUAUGGAGAAAGCAUUAGUCCUUUACAAGCCCGGGAUGCAUCCACAUCAAUCAAAUGGAUCCACCGUGCAGGAGGAAAAUUCAAAAGUCAAGCUCCUGAGAGUGCUGGAGACUCGCAAAACUGUGCUGCAGAAAGAACAAGGCAUGGCCUUUGCACGUGCCGUAGCUGCAGGUUUUGACAUGGACCAUAUGGCACCUUUGAUAUCAUUUGCGGAGUGCUUCGAGGCCACACGCUUGAUGGAAGCAUGCAUAAGGUUUAUGGAGUUAUGGAAGGAGAAGCAUGAAAGUGGUCAAUGGCUUGAAAUUGAAGCAGCUGAAGCAAUGUCUAGCCGAUCAGACCUGUCUUCCAUGAAUGCCUCUGGCAUUAUGCCUUCUAGUGAUACCAAGAAACAAAAGGAAUUUAGUGAAGCAUGGCCUGAUUCCCAUGGUGAGUUGGGCUUAGAAAACAAUGGGAAAGCAAAUGCUGCUGAUGCAGAUAUGAAUUUACAUCACAAUGGAGAUAAAAAGCCUGUCAUGGAUCCACAAUUGCCAUUUGGCCACCAUGAUUAUUUUCAAGGUCAAUUCCAGUAUCCUAUGUUCCCUCAGUGGCCUGCUCAUUCUCCAGCUGGUGCACCACCAGUCUUUCAAGGGUAUCCCAUGCAAGGCAUGCCUUACUAUCAGACUUUUCCAGGGAAUGGUCCAUUUUUCCCGCCGUCCUAUCCUCCUCCAGUGGAGGAUUUUAGAUUCAAUGCCACACAAGGGAUUGGACAGAAAAAGCAUUCCAUGGACAGUAAAGAUAGCAACACUGAAUCAGAGAGGGAGAUGGGUGUCUCCAGUUCAAAAUCACCGGAUAGUCUGGAGUUGGAGAAGGAAGGUUCACAAGGUCGAGAACCACAUAGAAAACCUGGUCGAUCAGGUAAAAGACAGUCAGGCAUGGUUGUCAUUCGGAACAUCAAUUACAUUACAUCAAACAGGCCAAAUUCAUCAGGAAGUGAAUCGCAUUCAGCUUCUGACCCUGAAAGUGACAAGGAAGCUGAGGAUUCACAGGUUGAUGUCCCAGAUGUGAAGCACAAGAAUUCUACAAGAUCUUCAAAAAGUAAAGGAAGCCGCAUAAAGUCUAGUGAUACCUGGGAUUCAUAUGAUAAGGAAGAGACAGUGUAUGGACAGGGGACAGAUGGUGGUCACUGGCAAGCAUUUCAGAACUGUUUACUGAGAGAUGAUAAUGAAAAUUCACGUGUGGUCAAUGAAGGUAUGUUUGCAAUGGAAAAAGAGGCUCAAGUUAGGAGAAGGCAAACUACAGCUGGUGGAGAUCCUAUAAUUCCUCAUGGACGAGAUUUGGGAGAAUAUCAGGAAGGGAGGAUGAUCGAAUUUGAUAGAGUCAGUGCCAAUCUGACCCGCAUGUUGAAGUUAGAAAAUGAGGAGUUGGUACUCUCUAAAGGAGAGUUACCUGGUGGAGGAUCCAGAGAUAGUCAAGUGGAUGUACCGUUGACAGAGAUGGAAGGUGGAAGGCAAGGAUUUCGGAGGACCUCUAAUGAUGAUUUCAUGAUAUAUAGAAGAGAAAACCGGUCAGGGGUUACUAACUCUCUCCAAGAUCCACUGUCUGAGAAUAGAUUUGAGCAUGCAGCAAAUAACUUGGACAGGAACUCAUCACAGAAUAUAACUGAUGAAUCCUUUAUAGUUCCUAUCAGGGCAAUCUCAGCAGAUCAGAUUGGAACUGAGAGCAGAAUGGCAAUUGAUAUCAGUUCUGAGCUACCAUCUGCACUCCAGAAGACAGAAGACUCAUCUGGUAGGAUUAGGACCCAGCCAGAUGAUUUGAGCUUGAUGCUAGAGCGUGGUUCAGAGAGGGAAACUAUUGGUUAUGACCCUGCAGUGGACUAUGAAAUGCAGGUUCAUACUGAAGAUGUCACAGUACAGAACAAAAACAAAAAAGAGGUCGUGACUAAGGAAGGUUCAAAGAAGUCAGACAAGGAUAAGAAGUCCAAAGUUAUGCGUGAUGGUUUGGAGAAGAGGAAGAUUGAGGCAGGAACAAGGAAAGGGAAGCUAUCAAAAUUGAGUCCCUUGCCUGAAGCACAAGCACGUGCUGAAAGUAUAAGGGCCUUAAAAGCUGACCUUCAGAAAAUGAAAAAAGAGAAGGAAGAGGAAGAGAUACGACGGUUGGAAGCUUUGAAGAGAGAGCGGCAAAAGAGAAUUGCAGCACGAGGAAGUUCUGGCCCUGCUCCAUCACCGUUGCCCUCUCAGCCAACCAGAUCACGGUUGCCAAUGAUCCUCUCCCCAAGUGCUCAGAAAUCAAAGUUCAAUGACUCAGACCCUGCACCAGUAUCACCUCUACAAAGUUUGCCUACGAGAACUGCUUCAAUGGGUUCCAAUGAUUCCCAGAAAAUCACUAAAAUCAACAGUCGUGGUGGUCUAGGGGGAAAUGGGUUAAGCCAUUCAGUGUCAUCAUUACCUGUGCGGAAAAAAGAGAUGGAUGGCAGCACCCCUGAAUCAAAGUCAGCAACAAGAACAAGGAGAUUAUCAGAACCUAAAACAAGCAACAGCCAUCAUGAUUCUUCAGUGAAAUCACGAAAUACUGAGCCAGUAUCAAAGCUAAAAUUAUCUAAUGAACCUGAGAUCAAGAAGAUCUCUGCAAUUAUGAGCCUUGACAAAAGUAAGGCUGCAACCCUUCCGGAACUCAAGAUUAGAACCUCAAAAGGACCUUCAGACAUGGGCCCGAACAAAUCAGCAGCAAAAGAAGCAGCACAGAAAACAAAUGUAAAUAAGUCUUCUGUAUCUUUGGAAGCCACUAAACUGAGGAGCAAUGAUAAAACUGCACCUAGUAGCAGUGGAGAUGACAACCCAAUUAUUGAGAAAACUGUUUUGAUGCUUGAACCUGUGGUACCCCCCAUUUCUAUUGCACAGGCAUCUGAAGUGAAGAUGGAGGCGGGAAAAGGACCAUAUGAUGAAGACAAAGAAGGAGAAAUAACAGAGGUGGUUUCAGAAUAUGCUGCCAUCCGUGCCCCAGUUUCACCACUUAAUGGAGAUGUCAGUGAAUGUGACUUAGAUGAGAGACCAGGUCUUUGUGAGGUGACACAAGACCAUGGAAUGGAGGAAUUACCAAAGGUUUCAAGUAUCAGUGUUUCCAACAAGCCAUAUCAGGCCCCAUUUGCUCGGAAUUCAUCUUUGGAAGAUCCAUGUACUACAAAUUUGGAGUUCAGUAAAGCACCAGCAACUAGUUCAGAUAUGGAAGCAACAAGCGCUGAGACUACCAAGGCUCAUGUAUUUAAUUUUACUGCCGUAAACUCUUCAGGAAAAAAUCCAGAAGCCUUGGAGAAGCCUCGGGGGAAGGAAUCUGCAGGGUUUAGAAGGCUGUUGAAGUUCGGAAAGAAGAGCCACAGUUCAACUGCCGCUGAGCGUAAUGUGGAAUCAGAUAAAUUGAGUGUUGAAGGCUCUGUGGCCGAUGAUCAUGAUCCAACAACUGCUUCUGAUGAUGAAGUUCAUACACUGAAGAAUCUUAUAUCUCGAGAUGAAACCCAAGAAUCAGUAACUACACAGAAGGUUUCUAGACCGUUCUCUUUGUUGUCGCCAUUUCGGAGCAAGAACAGUGGAAAGAAGUUGGCAACAUCAUGAUAAGAUGUAAAGAUACUAAUGUGGAAGCAGGUUGAGUGU